UGUGUAUCUACAGGCCAGCGUCGCAGGUUCUCCCCGUGCAUUUCUCCUGAGGCUGAGCUGCAGAGAAGAACUGACCAUGCCUGGGCUGCUGCUGGGAGACGAAUUCCCAAACUUCGAGGCCGAGACCACCAUCGGCAAGAUCAAGUUCCACGAUUUCCUGGGCAGUUCGUGGGGUAUCCUGUUUUCCCACCCAAGGGACUUCACUCCCGUCUGCACCACUGAGCUCGCCUGUGCAGCCAAGAUCAGCGAUGAGUUCAAGAAACGAGGCGUAAAGAUGAUCGCCUUGUCCAUUGACAGUGUUGAGGAUCACCGCAGCUGGAGCAAGGACGUGAUGGCGGUCAGCAGCGGGUCUGAAAGCGCUCUGCCUUUCCCCAUCAUCGCUGACGACAAGAGGCAGCUGUCCGUCCAGCUCGGCAUGCUGGACCCCGAUGAGAAGGACAAGGAUGGGAUGCCCCUCACCGCUCGCUGUGUCUUUGUGAUUGGCCCUGACAAGAAGCUGAAGCUGUCCAUCCUCUACCCUGCCACCACGGGGAGGAACUUCACCGAGCUGCUCAGAGUGAUCGAUUCUCUGCAGCUGACGGCGCAGAAGAAGGUCGCCACACCCGUUGACUGGACGCCUGGUGAAAAAGUCAUGGUCAUUCCCUCGCUCUCUGAGGCUGAAGCUGCUGCUCUCUUCCCCAAGGGUGUGACCACUAAAGAGGUGCCGUCCGGGAAGAAUUACCUGCGCUACACACAGAUAUGUAGACUCACAGUGACAGCACCCUGCUUCAGUUUACUACCUUCGAAAACUGGACAUCUUUGGUUGAUCAUUAACAUGUAGAACUGACUAAAAAGAUCAGAUGCACUUAUCCAGUUUGGGGACUUAAGUUUUCUAAUCAACGCUGAACCAGGGAUCUUAAUAGUGUCGUUGUGUACAGUGCCUUGCUUACCCCAAAUAAACACACUUUUCACACA